AUGGGUUCAUCUUCCAAGAAAUCUAGAAUAGUGCAAAAAAGUGACACUGAUUCUGAUGAAUACGAUGAUGUUAUGUCCGAGGAGGAGGUUAAUAAUGAUAGCGAGUUGGAGGAGAUGGAGGAAGUAGAAGAAGAAGAAGAAGGAGAGGAUGAGGAAGAAGAAGGUGAAGAAGAAGACGGGAAUGUAAAGGAAAGUGAAUGGAACCAUGAUGAGAUGGAAGAGCUUGAGAAAGAGUAUAGGGAUCUUCAUCAACAGGAGGAGCGGGAGCUAAACAUUUUGAAGAACUUGAAGCACCAUAAGGAUACAGAUCUUCUGAAAGGACAAGCUGUGAAAAGUCAGAAGGCCCUCUGGUACAAAAUUCUCGAGCUUAGAUUCUUACUUCAGAAGCCAUUCUCAAGUUCUAACAGGCUACCUGAGGAAUCAGUAAAAGCUUCAUUCUGUGAAUCGGAUGAGACAGUUAGAGUUGCAUAUGCAGAUUUGAUAACUUCGUCCAAGGAGACUUUGGAUUCUAUAUUGGAACUGCAAGAGGCUCUGAUUGCAAAGAAUCCGUCAGUAACCCAAGCUGUUAAUGGUUCAGAAAAGUCAUCAAAAGAAGUUUCUAAUGUUUUGGAAGACAAUGACCAAGAGUGGUCACAAAUUUCUCGGAUGCACAACAGUAUAGCAUCUUUCAGAGACAAGUCUAUCAACAAAUGGCAGAGGAUUACGCAAGUGACAACCGGUGUUGCUGCAAUUAAAGGCAAACACGCUUUUAAUCAGGAUAUCAGCAAUCAAGUUGCUGGCUAUAUGAGAGAUCCUAGUAGAAUGGUCAAGCAGAUGCAACUGAGAAAAUCAGCUGUUAACGUAUUUGGAUCCGUUUCAAAGAUUAGCGAUAGCACUACUGAAGCGGAAACACAAGCUGACGGUGAUCCUGAACUGCUGGACGAUUCUGAAUUUUAUCAGCAAUUAUUGAAAGAAUUUUUCGAGACAGUGGAUCCUACAUCAUCUGAGAAAGCAUUUUAUGCUUUGAAAAGGAUGCAAACAAAAAAGAGAAAAAUCGUGGAUCGUCGUGCCUCAAAAAGUCGCAAGAUAAGGUAUAAUGUUCAUGAAAAAAUAGUAAACUUUAUGGCUCCUCGACCUGCGAAUAUUCCUCCCAUGGCUCCAAUGCUAUUUGAGAAUCUGUUUGGGUUAAAGACUCAAAGAUCAUCUGCUGCGGCCUCAUAA